GUCGCGGAGCGGGCCGGGCCGCGCCGCCGCUGCGGGGCCAUGGUCCGGAACGGGCACGGGGCGGCGGGCGGUGCAGAGCCGCCGGGUCCGGAGGGCAGGCGCGCCGUGCGAGUGUGGUGCGAUGGCUGCUAUGACAUGGUGCAUUAUGGCCACUCUAACCAGCUGCGCCAGGCAAGGGCCAUGGGCGACUACCUCAUCGUGGGUGUACACACCGAUGAGGAGAUCUCCAAGCACAAGGGGCCCCCAGUCUUCACUCAAGAGGAGAGGUACAAGAUGGUGCGGGCCAUCAAGUGGGUAGACGAGGUGGUGCCUGCAGCUCCCUACGUGACCACGCUGGAGACGCUGGACAAGCACAGCUGUGACUUCUGUGUGCAUGGCAAUGACAUCACGCUGACUGUAGAUGGCCGCGACACCUACGAGGAAGUGAAGCAGGCCGGGAGGUACAGAGAGUGUAGGCGCACCCAGGGCGUGUCCACCACGGACCUCGUGGGCCGCAUGCUGCUGGUGACCAAGGCCCAUCACAGCGGCCACGAGAUCUCCUCGGAGUACCGGGAGUAUGCAGACAACUUUGGCAAGUGCCCGGGGGGGCGGAACCCCUGGACAGGGGUGUCCCAGUUCCUGCAGACGUCUCAGAAGAUCAUCCAGUUUGCUUCGGGGAAGGAACCCCAGCCAGGGGAGACUGUCAUCUAUGUGGCUGGUGCCUUCGACCUGUUCCACAUCGGCCACGUGGACUUCCUGGAGAAGGUGCACGGCCUGGCAGAGAGGCCGUAUGUCAUCGCCGGCUUGCACUUUGACCAGGAGGUCAACCACUACAAGGGGAAGAACUACCCCAUCAUGAACCUUCACGAGCGGACCCUGAGCGUGCUGGCCUGCCGGUACGUGUCGGAAGUGGUGAUCGGGGCCCCCUAUGCGGUCACAGCAGAGCUCCUGGACCACUUCAAGGUGGACCUGGUAUGUCACGGGAAGACAGAAAUCGUGCCGGACAAGGAUGGCUCAGAUCCUUACCAGGAGCCCAAGAGAAGGGGCAUCUUUUGCCAGAUCGACAGCGGGAACGACCUGACCACGGACCUCAUUGUUCAGCGCAUCAUCAAGAACAGGCUAGAGUACGAGGCCCGGAACCAGAAGAAAGAGGCCAAGGAGCUGGCCUUCCUGGAGGCCAAGAGGCGGCAGGAGGCGCAGCGUGAGAGAGAGAGCGACUGUGACUUCUGAGCGGUGGGCGGUCACCCCGCGAGCCCACGGGCCAGCCCCUCCUGCUCUCCUUCCACGCCUCGAGGGUCUGGUGUGUAACAGCUGCCGCGCUCCCUCUCCACCUGGCCUGCUAUUGGAAGGGCUAGAGCCAAGGGCGCUGCCCCCACCCUACCUGCCCAGAGGCUUUCCCACUGAGUCGCACAGAGAGGGCAUCCAGCACAGAUGAGCAGCCCAGCGGGCACCUUUCGCCAGCGGGGAGCCACCCUGCGAGCCGGUGAAGGCCUGGCUUCUGCUCCCUGCCAAGCCCCUGCAGACCCAGGACACCCCCACCACCUGGCACUUUCCGCCGUCCAGGCCUCAUUGGAAGCCAGCUUUGGGGGAGCAGUGACCUGAAGGGGCACCCCCUUUCCUCCUCAGGACACAGGCUGUGCCGCCUCCCGUGUGGGCUCCCUGGUGCCCUGGGGCUGGCUCUUGGGCACUGCGCCCCCCACUUCCCGGGCCAGCCUUCCCGCUCUCCCCACAGACUGCUCUCGGUUUUGUAUCUGACUGGCGGGGGUAUGGCCAAAUAAACCUGGCGGGAGCUA